GGUGGAAACCUCGACUCGCCUCGUUGUUUGCGGAAUCAGAUCGAUCCGAAGAGGGCCGCCGGAAUCUGAAGGCGGUGGAUUUGGGGUUCUUCACUCGGCGUCGCCUUCGGGAGCAAGAAGGCUUCGGGAGCAACUGCAGAUGCCGCUGUCGCCCUCCUCCGCUGCAUUAAUUGACCACAGGGAAAGCGGAUCUACGCGUCAAAUCUAGGGCGCUCGAGCUUCUCCUCUCAGACUAACGCAGAAGAAUGGCGGUGUUUGCGAUGGCUUCCGGGGUCCUCCGGCCGAGCCUUGGACUGAAUCUGGAACCGGGAGGUGCUGGCUUGUGGCCCACCCUUUUGAGCCACUCGCUUCGUCGCUCCCGAUCUGCGAUCUCGACCCCAUCAAAGAUCAGAUGUCCAUCCCAACGCACUCCUAGAGCUACAUACCCAACUGCUGUUGAGGAUGACAGUUCCAAAGAGACUGACAGAAUUCCAACACCUAAAGUGAUAAUUGAUCAAGACUCAAACCCAGAUGCAACCAUCGUCGAGGUAGCCUUUGGCGAUCGCCUUGGAGCACUACUUGACACUAUGAACUCACUGAGAAACCUAGGACUUCAUGUUGUGAAGGCUGAUGAAUACUUGGAGUCUACUGGGAAGCAUCAUAGAUUCAUGGUAACUAACAGGUCUACCGGCCGAAAGAUUGAUGACCCAGAGUUGUUAGAAACAAUUCGUCUGACAAUUAUCGCCAAUAUGCUUCAAUAUCACCCAGAGUCUAGCAGUAAACUGGCCAUGGGAGCAACCUUUGGAGUGGAGGCACCUGAGCAGCAGAUUGACGUCGACGUUGCAACCCAUAUAGAUAUUUAUGACGAUGGACCUGACAGAAGCUUACUUGUGGUGGAGACAGCGGAUCGUCCUGGCUUGCUGGUUGAUCUUGUCCAGAGCAUCAAUGACAUAAAUAUCACAGUCCAGUCAGGAGAGUUCGGCACGGAGGGAUUGCUGGCUAAAGCAAAGUUUCAUGUCAGCUAUAGGAACAGAGCCAUCAUUAAUUCUUUGCAACAGGUUCUUUCUAAUAGCUUGAGCUAUUCCUUGAGGAGGCCAACGACCGAGGAUGCAAGCUUUUAGUCACUUUCUGGGACAACUUCAACAUGGUAUAAUUAUGUGACUCUAAAAAUCUCAGUGUCAAAAGAAAAUGAUGUGGUAAUACUUUUAUCUAUGAUUCUACAUGCGCUACAUGAAAAAUAUCGAUUGCAUUUUAGUUA